AUGGAUAAGUUAAAAGGCCUGGUUGGCGGCCAAAAGGAAGAAGAGCCUUCAUUACUAGCACAGGUAUCCGAUGCUUCCACGCUAAGUUGGAGUACAAGAAUUAAAGGCUUUGGUAUUUGCUUUGGUUUAGGCGUCCUACUUUCAAUUAUUGGAUCGAUCAUGCUUUUCUUUGGUAACUUGACAGCAUUUGCAUUUCUGUACUCUUUUGGUAACAUACUCUCAAUUGCUAGUACCGUAUUUUUGAUGGGACCGGUGAAGCAAAUUAAAAGAAUGUUAGAUCCAAACAGAUUGAUUGCUACCUGUUUAGUAUUUCUAUUUCUCGGUCUAACGCUAUGUGCCGCUCUCUGGUGGAAGAAAGCUUUCCUGGCUCUUAUUUUUUGCAUUUGCCAGUAUUUAGCGAUGACUUGGUACUGCUUAUCAUAUAUUCCUUAUGCAAGAUCUGCCGUUACGGGCUGCUUUAAAAGCUGUUGCAAUGUCUAGUGCAAAUAGAGAAC